GCAUCCCGGGUUCAUUGACUUCAUCCAAAGGAACUGGGACGAUGAUCAUCAAGCAAACAUUACAGUGCUUGAAGAAAAAGCGAAUCAUCGGACCUUUCACCGGAUUCCGAAGCAUUCACGUGGAUAAGAAAGUUGCAGGCUGUGCAGCGACGGAGAAGGUUGACUGCGUCGUGAUCGGGGCAGGAGUUGUAGGCUUAGCAGUGGCAAGAGAGUUAGCCUCAAGAGGGAAGGAGGUCUUGGUCCUCGAUUCCGCCUCCACCUUCGGAACCGGCACCAGUUCCCGAAACAGCGAGGUUAUUCAUGCCGGCAUCUACUAUCCUCUUAAUUCACUCAAGGCGUUGCUUUGUGUGAGAGGAAGGGAAUUGUUGUACAAGUAUUGCUCCGAAUAUGGGGUUCCUCAUAAACAGAUUGGUAAGCUUAUUGUGGCUACUAGGCCGUCGGAGAUUCCCAAAUUAAAUCAUUUGAUGCAAUGUGGAACUAAAAAUGGGGUUCUGGACUUGAGGAUGCUGGAAGGCUUUGAAGCAAUGAGGAUGGAACCUGAACUGCAGUGUGUGAAAGCCUUGCUAUCACCCGUUACUGGGAUUGUCGAUUCCCAUUCUCUAAUGCUAUCUUUAGUGGGAGAUGCGGAAAGUCACAGGACAUCUUUCUGUUACAAUACUACUGUGAUUGGUGGUCAUGUCGAAGGAGAUUCUGUGCACCUUUACAUUUCUAAGAACAAAGAUCUUGAGAACUGGGAUGGGAAUUUUCCAUUGGACCUAGAGCUUGUCCUUGUUCCUAGGCUUGUCGUGAAUUCUUCAGGAUUGAGUGCUAUGGCUCUUGCAAAGAGAUUUCAUGGUCUAGAUAGUGCUGCAAUUCCUCCUGCAUAUUAUGCUCGUGGAUGCUAUUUCACUUUAUCAAAUACUAGAAGCCCUCCUUUUAAACGUUUGAUAUACCCUUUACCUGAGGAUGGUGGCAUUGGAGUGCAUGUCACUUUGGAUUUGGAUGGCCAGGUCAAAUUCGGACCUGAUGUUGAAUGGAUCGAUGGUAUUGAUGACAUAUCAAGCUUCCUAGACAAGUAUGACUAUACUGUAAAUGCCAAUCGUGCAGAAAGAUUUUACUUGGAGAUAAGGAAGUACUUCCCAAAUCUCAAGGAUAAAUCUCUGGAACCAGGUUAUGCUGGUAUCCGACCAAAAAUUUGUGGUCGAGGACAGUCUCCGACUGACUUUCUGAUCCAGGGAGAGGAUGUUCAUGGCGUGCCGGGUCUCGUAAACCUGUUUGGAAUUGAGUCCCCUGGUCUGACAUGUAGCAUGGCAAUUGCAGAAUACAUAGCCAACAGAUUCUUGAGAUAGAGACGUAGAUUCCAGGAACAGGUGCUUGGAUUAUAAACAGUUUUGAUCAUCACAUGAAUAUUUUCCGUAAGCUGCGGCUAUUCCAAUUCCAGAAGUGAAUGCUAUAAGCAUCCUCAUCAUAAACAGUUUUCUUUUCUUUUAAGCAUGUACAGUUUAUUUGUUUUUCAUCACAUCAGUUUCCACCCAACAUGAUGAUAUCUUUGCAACAUCUGCAACAUAAAUCAUACGCAGAAGUGGAGAAUUUCGUCAAA